AGUACACAUGGUGAUUGCCCUACCCCUUCACACUCACACUCACACGCACAUACAUACGCACGCGUCGGCAGCACUGCCCUGUGUCUAUCCAAUCGCGCUCUAUAUCAGUGUAGAGGGUUGAUCAGACACCACGCUCGCUGCUAAGGAGGUCUCCCUUUACGCGCCUUUAUUAUUAUUUUUUCUGUUCUUUGUUUUGCUUCCGCUGAUCUGUACGUGUCUCCGUGGCACACCAAGGUUUUUUUAUUAUUAUUCCUAUAUUCAUCUGUAAGAAAGGAAGGAGAAGCGGCGCACGCAGAACUGACAGCACCCUCGGCGGACCGUCGCAAGAGUGAUCGCGCUCGUGUACAUCGCACGCUUCUUUAUUUUUCUUAUCUUAUCUAUUUUGUGUCUCUCUCUGUGUGCGAGGGGAUAUUGUACCAGACCGCCUCCAGGCUUUACGCUCUACAUUACUCUAACGACUCCUUUUUGAGUACUAUUAUUAUUAUUAUUAUUAUUGUUUAUACUUGCUUGUUUGCGUUUGCUGUCUGUUCGUGGCGGCUCGUGAUCUUGUGCCGUGACCGCGGAGGAGAGAACGACAAGCGCAUUCACUGCGAGGAGAAAGGGGGAGUUAUAUUUAUCCUUCCCAUCAUCAACAAGAGCCCUCCAAAAAGAGGCGGUCUCUACACAUUCUUAAAGCGAGCGUCGUCAAAAGCGAGACGUAGCCGCACGCAAAGGCUCCCACAGUGGUCGUUGUUGGUUUUCCUGUCUUUUAGUUUUUCCUUCUUGUAGUUCCAUAUCCCACGCUCGCCAUGUCGCUAUCUCUUUCGUGCGACGGCCUGUACUUCCCGGCGGAGCCGUACGACAACAUCACGACGCUGAAGUGGAACCCGGGCGGCACUCCACUGGAGCCGAACACCAGCGUCAUCUUCAAGGUGAAGUGCACGGCCCCGCAGCUUUUCCACGUCGUCCCACGCUACGGCGCCAUCCCGCUCGCCGACGCGACGGGGACGUCGGUGCAGCCCGCCAGCAAGGCAACGACGAUCACGUUUGGCCUGCGCGAGCACCACGCCGGCGCGGAGGAGGAAAACGGAGCGGCUGGCGGGAACGGCACUGCGGUGAGUGCGAUGAACCGCGGUGCCGCCUCCCCGCAGGCGUCACGCGCCACGAGCGCUGCACCAGGCGGCCCGCCCUACCAAGAACGCUUCGCCGUGGAGUACGUCAUGAUCAAGUCGGAGCCCCUGGCGUUUCAGCAGAUCUUUAACAGCCUGGCGGACCACCGGAAGCUGACGGAGGUGGUGAAGAACAUGUGGUCCCUCGUCGCCUCGAGUGCGAUUCCCAGCGCGCACAUGGGGACUCAGGCGAGCAUUAACUUGAAGGUGUUCAUGGAAAAUGUGGUGAUGAACCGCAACGACCCGGCGCCGCCCGGCAGAGACGAGGCAACAAAGAUCGUCGUUCCCAUCGAGGCGCGCCUGGUCGCGCCGAACGCGCACGAGCGGGCGAGUCGCACCGACGGUCACAACCCGAGCUCGGCGGCGUCGCACAAGACGAGCGAGAACGCCUCCGCGACCGCCAGCACGCCGCCCUCCUCACGCCGGAAGGCGGUGGAUGAGCUGCGCGCCUUGAAGGAGGAGAUCAACUUAAUGCGGCGCGACUCCAGCGCCUCGCAGAACGGCUCGCCGCAGAACGCGGCCAGCACGCCGACGACGCAGCGGUCUGCAGAUGCGCGACGGGUGCUGGACUCGCUCUCCCCGCCGCCGCGCAACAGCAGCAGCCCCGCCGCAGCGGCCGCCGCAUCGCCGCUGCCUGCGGUGGAAGGCGAAGACAUCGUGAUGAAGUUCGAUUACGGCGGCGAUGACAGCAAAGGCGGGGUGGGCGCAAAGGAGAAGAAGCGGGGGUUGAAGGUGUAUCUGGUGCUGGCGCUUAUGUUUGCGCUGUACACCUCCCUGCUUGUAAUGCGGCGCGGGACGAAGCACAGUAGCGUAGAGGUGAGCGACAACGCGUAUGCCGUGCAGGUGUCGUCGCGGGAAGUGGAGAAUCGCAAGCUGUGA